CAGAUUUCAGUGCGGGACACUUCUCCUUCUUCGUCCCUUAAAAAUCUUCCCUCCUUUGAUUGCUUAGUAAAUGACAACGACGAGUUGCCGACGUAUUUCAACCGGAGAACGAUUUUUCGUCGAUAUUUAAAACACAAAGCCCAGAUCCCGCCAUCUUCUUUUCAUGGGAUUUGAGCAACUUCAUCCCAACCACCGCAGCAGUGCCGGUGGUGUUAACUCCGUCGAUGGCAUUUCCCACCACCAGAGCGUGCAUAGUCCUAGGUACUCAGGAUCCAUGACUCGACGAGGCCAAUCGUUUAAGCGCUCCGGCGUAAACGGCGGAGAGAUCGAGCUUCAGAUCAACUCCCCUCGUUCAUCCCCCGUUAGCGCUGGCGGCAGCCUCUCGAACGAGGGUGCGGAGCCAACGUCGCCGAAGCUACCUUCUCCGGUUGCGGAGCGGUGGCAUCAUGGACAGAAUCUUCGCUCCCGGUUCGGGAUUCAGCUUCUGGGAAAAGGCGUGUUCAAGAAGCGGGCGUCAGCGCUACAUAAAAGGCGGCUGGGGAAUUUUUUGUUCUUGGUGUUUUGCAGCGUUUGUUUGUGUCUUGGACUGAUGAAGAUGUUUGCUGGCAGUUGGCUUGGGUGGCUCCUGGUGGAGAGAGUCGAGCGGCACCAGGAUUUCUUGACUGAAAUGACCAGUCAGAGGGUGGAUUUAUCAUCUAGUCAUGGAUUUAAGGGAGGGGGGGACAAUGACAGAUACCUGAUGACGUUUUCAUUGGGUUUGGAUGGUGGUCAUGAGAUUCAUGACCAUGUAAUUGAGCAUUCAGAGAUUUGGACUAAGCCAAACAGUGAAAAAUUUAAGAAGUGUAUUGAACCAGCAAAUUAUAAGAAGCUUGAUGCUAUGACAAACGGCUAUAUUAUAAUUAAUGCAAAUGGAGGUUUGAAUCAGAUGAGAUUCGGGAUCUGUGACAUGGUUGCUGUUGCCAAGAUUAUGAAAGCCACGCUUAUUCUUCCUUCACUUGACCAUACAUCCUACUGGGCAGAUGAUAGUAAUUUCAAGGAUCUUUUUGAUUGGAAAUAUUUUAUGGAGACCUUAAAGGACGAUGUUCAUAUAGUUGAUACUUUGCCAGCUGCCUUCAGAGAGACUGAACCAUUUAUGAAAACUCCUAUAUCUUGGUCUAAGGUGAAUUAUUACAAAGCAGAUGUCCUCCCUCUAUUGCAAGAACACAGAGUUAUAUACUUCACACAUACUGAUGCCCGGCUUGCUAACAAUGGGCUUCCAAACUCUAUCCAGAAAUUGAGAUGUCGAGUAAAUUAUAAGGCACUGAAAUAUUCUGCUCCCAUUGAAGGCUAUGGGGCAGUCUUAGUAUCAAGGAUGCGGCAAGAAGGACAACCAUAUGUUGCACUUCAUUUACGAUAUGAAAAAGACAUGCUUGCUUUUACAGGUUGUAGCAAUAAUUUGACAAAAAGUGAAGAGGAGGAACUUCGAGAAAUGCGUUAUGAAGUGAGCCAUUGGAAGGAGAAGGAGAUUGAUGGUUCCGAGAGACGAAAGCAGGGUGGUUGUCCUUUAACUCCAAGGGAAACAUCCCUUCUCCUCAAAGGAUUGGGAUUUCCAUCAAGCACACGCAUAUACUUGGUGGCUGGUGAUGCCUUUGGAAAUGGUAGCAUGAAGUAUCUUACAGAUGAUUUUCCACACAUCUACUCUCAUUCAACCUUGUCUUCAGAAGAGGAACUUAGACCUUUCAGAAAUCACCAGAACAUGCUUGCUGGGUUGGACUAUGUUGUUGCUCUUCAGAGCGAUGUUUUUAUUUACACAUAUGAUGGAAAUAUGGCAAAGGCUGUGCAGGGUCAUAGGCGGUUUAAGAACUUCAAAAAAACAAUUAAUCCUGAUAGGUUAAACUUAGUGAAACUUGUUGAUGAUUAUGAUGAGGGGAAGAUCUCAUGGAAGCAGUUCAGAUCAAAGGUGAAGAAACUACACAAAGAUCGAAUUGGUGCUCCAUACUACAGGGAGCCCGGUGAAUUCCCCAAGUUUGAAGAAUCUUUCUAUGCAAAUCCACUACCUGGAUGCAUUUGUGAAAGGCCACAGAGGAAAUAAAAACACCGGCUAACAAGCCAUGAUUUCUCACUCAUUCUCCUUCCAUUUACAGGAGAAAAUACUUGCCCAAGUAAUUUAAAUUCAUGAGAGAUUCAUAAUUACAGGUAUCGAAGCAAAGCCUCUAUUUGGCAGCUCUGUGCUCAACGGCCAAGAUAGAAGAAUUCAGGUUCAAUCCAAGGGUCGGCUUUGAAGAGCACAUACCGUGUUGGACUCCAUACCUGGGCAGGUUAGAAUCUCCUGAUAAGAUUUUCUUCUGAUUCUAUUUCUUAUUAGUCUGUUAGUACGCUCUAUAUGAGGGAAUGAUUAUUAUUUUGUCAGUGUAAAAUAUCUCAAGCUUCUUCAUUAAUAUGAGAAUAAUAAAUAGUUUGAUUAAUAGUGUUACCCUUUCACAGUUUUAUUUUUUUGCUGUAACUCACGCCUAUGAUUUCUGUUU